UGUUUCAGAGAUUAUUAUUUCUUCAUUGGCUCAGAUUGGGGUCUGAUUUUAAUGACAUCACACUUACACAUUUAUCCUUGAUUCACAAUUUUAUUUCACAUUUUGCAUUGAUUUAUCUAUGAUGUUUCUGGAUAUUCCCUAAAACUGAAUACAGACCAACAUGAUUUGUUUUCAACUUUUUGCACAGCUGAGUAUUUCCGGAAGUCAAAUGUGUGAAAUUGAUUUUACUGUCUGCCCACUUGUGUGGGUGUCAGCAUCUGUGUUUUGCAGAAGAUGCCCAUGUGCCAGGAAGAAAAGUUUGCUUUCCCUGCCAUUCUUUAGACUGUGAAAUUCAGUGAAAGAUGAAUCAUUAAUAUGAUCUAAUUUCAUAUGAACUGUGCAUGUGUUUGCCCGACAAACUAUAGAAACCUGCUUUAGCCAAUCAGAGGAGGCUCUGCUGCGUAUAUAGGGAGUGUUUGAGUCGAUGAGACUUGUAAUACUGUACAGCAGAAGACACGCUUUGAAGAAGUUUACUUAGACGAUCUGCAGAUCAGGUGAGAUGGGUUUUUAUUACUGAUUAUGAUCUGUUAUUGUCAUGUAAUAUUGCUUAACCAAAGCUACACAGUCAUAGAAAGUGACAUUAUCUUAUGUUUCAUCUUAACCUCAACAUGGUACUAGUAGCUUUUGAAUAAUACUUAUGACUUUAUAUUUAGUGAUUAAAUGGUCACAUUCAUAAAUGCAUUUGAAUCUUAAGUGAUUUUUAAAAACAGAAAACUGUAAACCUAACUUGUAAAACUAGUUACAGCAUGUAAAAAGUGCUGAAUACCAUAUGGCAAAAAAAUAUAUAUAUUUAAAUAUGGCCAAAAAUAUAUCGGCUGAAUGUGUGUUUACAAAUAUAUUUUUCACCAAAAUAUUUAUUUGUAUAUUUUAAAAUAUAUUUUUUUAUGUUUAGCCCUCCAUAUAUUUCAAACCAAGGAAAUAUAUUCACGUCACAUUCGAAGAAAGGCUUUGUUUUUUUACAAAAUAAUAGGUUUGAAUACGUUAAAAUUAAAUAUAUCUUCAACUUCAAAAUAAUGAACUUGUAUUUAAAAUAUAUUUCUUGCCAUGUGGAUUGUAAAAUUAGAAAUAUAUUUGCUUGCCCUUGAAGUGAAAUAUAUGUUGAUAUAUGAAGGUUAAAACUAAAUAUAUUUUCAAAUUCAAAAAUAUAUUUAAUUAGGCUUAACUUUCUAAAAACUAUUUUUAGCAUAUAUUUAAAAUAUAUUUUUGGCCAGAGAAAUGUAUAUUUUGCUGUAUGUGAUGAGUGUUUCCUUAUUUCAAGAAGUUAAGCUAAUAUGCUGAUUUUGAAACAACUUUCUCGUGUCUUUUGUCAAUUACUCAUUAAUGCUUUGUUAUUUGAUUCAGGAAAUAUAAAAUCAAUCAUCUGACACGCACGGUGAAAGAAAAAGAGAUACUGAGAAAAAUGCCCAAAUACUGCAUGUUGUGUUUGAUUCUUGCUUUGACAGCCCUCACAGUUUGUAAAGCUCGUCACAAGCGACACCUCAAAAAAUCAGAUGAAUCUGUUUCUUGCUUCGAUGGAGACGGACGGCUCUACCGGGGCUCUUUAUCUGAGACUGCGAGCGGGCAAACGUGUUUGAGGUGGAAUUCAAAACUCUUGCAUGAAAUCAAAGAUUACAGCAGAAAACACGACCUGGGAUCACACAACCACUGCAGAAACCCAGACAACAGCUCCAGACCCUGGUGUUAUGUACGGACACCGUUUGGGAUUAGUAGAGAAGACUGUGAUAUUCCCCGCUGUCCAAACCACGGUUGGCAGUGCGGCCUGAGGGAGGAGCGCCACAUGAAGGUGGUGGGCGGAGGUUUGAGCACGGUACAGAGACACCCCUGGAUGGCGAUGAUCUUGAUGAAGAGAUCUGAGGUUGAAAGUUUAAAGUGUGGAGGGAGUCUUAUCUCACCCUGCUGGGUCCUAACAGCUACACACUGCUUUUCUAAUGGUCCCUCAACGAAUCUCAGUACACUCUCAGUAUAUUUGGGGAAGAAUGCGGUAAAUGAGACAGACCUGCAGAGAGAGCAGAAGUUCAGAGUCUCUGAGCUGAUCAUCCAUGAAAAUUUUGACAACACAGACGGCAACUACAAAAAUGACAUCGCAUUAUUGAAGAUUCAAAGUUCGGAUGGUGGAUGUGCUAAAGAGUCCAGCUCAGUGAAGACGGUUUGCAUCCCUGAUCCUAAACGCUCGCCCAAGAACCAGAUGUCUUGUAACAUCACUGGAUAUGGCAGAGAGGAUCAAGGGUCGCCGUAUAAUUCUCAGUAUCUCAAAGAAGCAAAGGUCAAUGUAUUGUCACAUGAUCUAUGCUCCAGUAAAAUAUACUACGGUAACAAGAUCACAAAAAACAUGCUGUGUGCUGGAAGUGAAGACUGGAGUACUGACUCCUGUAGGGGAGACUCCGGUGGGCCGCUGGUGUGUGAUGUCAGCGGUCGUGCGUUUCAGUUCGGUGUGGUGAGUUGGGGUGAAGGAUGCUCUAAAAAGUUCCGUCCUGGUAUUUAUACAAAAGUGAGCAACUACUACAAAUGGAUCCUGAAGAAAACCGGCUUGUCUUCACUUUCACCCUCAUCUGAUAAAUUAUGAAAUAUAAAUGAACUGAUAUCACACACAUAUUUCAAUUUUUAGGCAGCUUUAAUCAAAACUAAACGAGACACGUAUAAAUUUGCCCAGUCCCUUUUACUGUUUUUCUCAAUUGCUUAAAGUAGCAUAAAAACUGAUACCUUUAUGUCAUUCCCAAACACACACAGAGAUUUCCCAUAACUGUAAAUGCAAUGAACCUGUUUCCACACAUGCAUCAAUAUUGAAAAUUCAUUCUGUAAAAAUAUACACAAAAGUGACCAAAUAAAUAAUUUGUUACAUUAUAAAUUUAAUAAGCAAACACAUGCUUUAAUAUAAUUAACUCAAGUCAGAAGCUAAACUCAAAAAGCACACCUUUCUCCAGGUGCAAAGACUUAAAAUCAAAAAUAAAGAGUCAAAAAAUAGGACCUGGUUUAAUGACCACCUCAGGUUCACCGUUCAUUUUUUGCCAGCAUCCGAUAAAAUUUUCUUUGCAUGGCGGUGGGGUUUAUGCAGGGUUAUAUUGUAUAAAGCACAAAAGGGCAUUUUUCUGACGCUGCCUGGCAAGAGCAUAAUGUGUAGUGUUGAUGAUAUAUUACUAUAUGGCCUGACACAGACUUGAGAUGCUGUUGCUGAGUAAACUGUACAUUUGAUUGUCUUUGUAAAUAAAGCGUUUAAAAAUUAAA